AUGGCAUCUUCCACCCCUCAUCCUCAUCUCACAGAACCUCCCACUGAUAUCUUGCUCUUCGACGACCAACAGGCGAUAUCGACCUUUAGUUUCGGUAACCUGGGCUGGCUCGCGACCCAGGCCGUUCCGCUCAUCAUAUGGCCGCGCUUCAUCACCAACCUCCUCCGUCCCGAUGACUACCAGUAUGCCGCAGGCUCUCUGGAAGACUACUUCGCCCGCUCCCUAGGCUUCGCCCUCCUAACCCUAGGCCUCCUCGUCGUAACCCUCUCAGGAGCAGUACCCCUCGCAUCAGAGGACCUAACCCCCGCAGGAACAGUCUCCCCCUACGCAAACGCAGCUCUCAUACUCUCCUCCAUCCACCACGCCUCGGCCGGCUUCUACUGCUACAGCAGAUGGCUGCGAACAGGCCAGACGGCCUUCGCCCUCGGCUGCCUUGGCAGCGCCCUCCUCGCCGUCUCGGGGCUGUGGUGCCUCAUGUUCGCCGGCGACAAGUCGCGACGCAGCAAGAAGCAUGGCUACGACAAGGACACAAGCUCGUUUCCCUUUAAGAACACAGAGUCGUACCGAUCCAAGAAGAAGGGUUUGUAA